UUGGAAACCGCAAUUGGAAGGGAGAAGAGUGCUCUCAAACACUUGAAGUGCUUUCUUGGACCAAACUGAGAUACUGGUGACUCCGUUUGUAUUUGCAUUUCAGCAAUAAAGAGGAGAGAGAUGGAGGAUCCAGUAGCUGACAGCAGUGCAGAUAAUACUGAUGUGACCAAGAGCAAAGAAUCGGUUCCACAGCAAGACAGCACACAAACAGGUGAAAGCUUAAAGGAGGCUGGAGCACCUGCUGCCUCCUGCGACAUGGUGGAUGAACUGAGCAGACAGCUGGAGGACAUCCUCAGCACUUACUGCCAUGAGGAUGGUGCCAGUGAGGACACAGUGGUGACUAAUGGUCAACCUGAUACUGUUAAUGUUAAUGGAUUGUCUGAGAGGGAGAAUGGCAAGCAGGAGGAAAGCAAACUGAAUGUUAAUGGAUGUGUGGAUAAAGACCAGAAAAAGGUUCAGGAGAAGAAGAAAGUAAAAGGACUGGGCAAGGAAAUAACUCUCCUAAUGCAGACCCUAAACACUCUCAGCACUCCAGAAGAGAAACUAGCUGGUCUCUGCAAGAAGUAUGCUGAGCUGCUAGAGGAGCAUCGCAACGCUCAGAAACAGAUGAAAGCCCUGCAGAAAAAGCAGACUCAGCUCAUUCAGGAGAAGGACUACUUACGAAAUGAGCACAGCAGGGCCAUCCUGGCUCGUAGCAAGCUGGAGAGCCUCUGCCGAGAGCUGCAGAGACACAAUCGCACACUGAAGGAGGACGGUGUGCAACGUGCCCGACUAGAAGAAGAGAAAAGGAAGGAAGUGACGUCACACUUCCAGGUAACACUGAAUGACAUCCAGGCCCAGAUGGAGCAGCACAAUGAACGGAAUGCCAACCUGAGACAGGAGAACAUGGAGCUGGCUGACAAGCUGAAGAAGCUGAUUGAACAGUAUGAGCUCAGAGAAGAGCAUAUUGACAAAGUGUUCAAACACAAGGACCUGCAGCAGCAGCUGGUGGAUGCAAAGCUUCACCAGGCGCAAGCUCUGCUCAAAGACUCGGAGGAACGCCACCAGAAGGAGAAGGAGUUUCUCCUGAAAGAGGCUGCUGAGUCUCAUAGAAUGUGUGAGCUCAUGAAACAGCAAGAAGUUCAUCUGAAACAACAGCUAUCUCUGUAUACAGAGAAAUUUGAAGAGUUUCAAACAACGCUUUCCAAAAGCAACGAAGUGUUCACAACAUUCAAACAGGAGAUGGAAAAGAUGACGAAGAAGAUUAAGAAGUUGGAGAAGGAAACAACAAUGUACAGAUCACGAUGGGAGAGCAGUAACAAAGCACUGCUGGAGAUGGCAGAAGAGAAAACACUACGAGAUAAGGAGUUUGAAAGCCUGCAAGUGAAGGUGCAGCGGUUGGAAAAGCUCUGUCGGGCCUUACAAAUAGAACGCAAUGAGCUGAGUAAGAAAGUUCAGGGUGUCCCAGAGGGGUCACAACAAGAGGCGGUUGACUCAAAGGAGGGCACUCCUGACCAUCAGAGCAGCUCAGAAGCAGAGACUCCACAAACCGCUUGUAGUCAUGCAUGCCACUGUGCUCCAGAUCUGGAGGUUGAAAGUCACACAGAGGUUUGCUCAGCCCAGGAUUGAGGACACACACAAUCCUUCCCAUCAUCUUUGGCAGUCUGUGAGGUUUUGUCUACGUCUCCUUCUACGGUUCCUUGGGGUUGUCAUAGUGUCAGGGAAGAUUGUGCCUUCUACAUGAUUCCUAUGCUGCGUUUUUACUCUUUGGUUUUUAUGUGACUUCUCCACCCUGCUCCCACAGAGAUUCUUGAGUUUCUUAUUUGUGUUACGAGGGGCAUGGAAUGUUGCUACUGUGUUGCUGUGUUUGUCCACUAAAUGCUACUACGUGUGAUUGUUAGCCUUCUUUUUUGGGAUUGGCUGAGAAACAGAUCUUGACAGAGACAUGGUUGAAUAUUAAUAAAAGAAAAUGCUUUGCCAUAUACAGCAUUUGUAUUAUGACUUACAUAUUUUAUUAUCGCCUUAAGUUAAAAUCUUUGUUUUCAUUUGCCGUCAUUUUUCAACGUCAACGUUUGCACCAGAUGAAGAAUGUAUGAAUUUUAACUGAUCUUCACUGCUCAGUUAACAUUUUGUUGACUUAAAGCGUCUUCUUUACGAAUUUGUCACACAUGUAUAUUCUAGCAUAAUUCUAGUGGCGUUUAAAGAUUGCAAAAAAGCGGUUUGUUUUGUGUUUCUUCUAUCAGGUAAUAUAAUUAGUAUUGCAGAUACAUUCCUUUAACCCAUUCUAUCAACAUUUAAUAAAAAAUAUGCACUUAAAUGAGA